AUGGCUAACGUGAGAAAAAAGCGAAUAUGUGUGGUCUGUGCAUACGUGUUGAUAUACCUCAUAGUGAUCGUCACUCGCACCGAUAUUAACAUUCCUUUGGAGCAAUCAAAGGAAGAUUACCGUGAUGGAGUUGAAUUUCCACAGCAGGUGCGUAGCUCCAGGAUUAUAUGGCCAGAAGACUCGAGGGAAGAGGACCGCAUUAUCGAUCAGAUUACGUUUUUCCCUCGGACCACGGAGAAGACUCGGACACGAGUGAUCUACUUAGCGACCGAUUUGCUGCCAUGGCUUGAUGGUGGUGAUCAUCUAAAAGGCGACGAGUUCCGUGACUGCAUCGCUCGAAACUGUAAAUUGACCAUUGAUCACGGUGAGGGAGCUUCUGCUGAUGCUGUCAUCGUUCACGGCAGAGCACCUCCAUUUGGACGCCACCACACAUCUCAGAUUUGGAUUUUCUAUAGCCUUGAAUCGCCAAUGAACACGCCUGAUCUCAGCGCCUUGGGGGACGGAAUCAAUUGGACCGCGACCUACCGCAUGGACUCUGACAUCGUCGCACCAUACGGCAAGUUUCUUCUCUACGAUACUGACGCUAAGCCGUCUGUUGAUCCUCAUCAUAAGAACUACGCUGAGGGAAAGACACGACUGGCAGCGUGGUUCGCCUCCAACUGCUUCACCAGCAACCACAGAUUGGAGUAUAUAAACGAAUUGAUGCGUUUUAUGCCCGUGGAUACCUUCGGCAAAUGUGGCCACCUCCGAUGUGGGCAUUAUAGUGACAAAUGCCCACAGCUAUUGAAGCAAAGGUAUAAAUUCUACCUAGCGUUCGAAAAUUCCAACUGCAGAGAAUACAUCACUGAAAAACUUUUCCUCAACGCCUUUAAGUAA